AGAACACAAGCUCCUCCAGUGAACUUGAAGGAACGGAUUGCAGCGCUACAGCAGAAAAAUGCCGACCAAACACAGCACCCCACGUCACCGCCUCUUACGACGGCAGGUUCAUCUUCUUCAAAACCUCAGUCAAAUGUUGCCGCUCUGAGAGAAAAGAUCGCGAAAUUUGAGAGGAAAGGCGGCGUACCUGUUCCUAGAGGGAGUUUUGGCCUGGGAGCACCUCCGUCGGACUCUGGACAGGCUAAGGCUAGUAGAGAAUUGUACGGAAAUCGUAUU